GAAAUCAGCAAGGGACUGGAUUGGAAAUAUGAUGGAGAGACUGAUGUUCCAGUCCAUUAGGAAAGGAAGGCGUUGAAUCUGAAAAAAUGGCUGCGGGUGGGAGAGAGGAAGAAGAAGAGUUUGUGUACAGAAUCAGUACGGCUCAAGAGUGGGAAGAGUUGCAGAAAUCAGGUUCUACUUUCGGCGGACAACUUGACAAGUCUUCCGGUUUUAUUCAUCUCAGCUCCCUCUCUCAGGUGCGGUCGACAUUACAGAAUUUUUUCCUAAACACCAACCAUGAGCUUUACCUCCUCCAAAUUGACGCUAAAAAGCUUGGUGAUGGAUUGGUGUAUGAAGUGGUUGAUGGUUCCAACAGCUUCCCUCAUUUCUACGGGCCAUCUCGAAGCUUCAGUCCUAUCCCUUUAGAUGUUGUUACAAAAGCCGAGAAGCUGUCUCUCUUGGAUGGUCGUUUCAGUUGUAGUCUUCUAGAUUAACUCUUAAGCUCACGGAGCUUCUCUUUUGUUCUUGUUGUUUUCUUUCUUCUAUGCUUUGUAGCACCAGUGGGAUGGGAUAAGUCACGGAUUGUCCCAUGUCAAAACACUUAUUAUGUGUCAUUGCAAUAACAUUCCGGUGCUCUUUAUGAGACAGAUAUCCAUUAUAUAGCCUAAUAAUUAAGAAAUAAUUGAAGGGAUAGUGUUAAU